CAAGAUUGUGUGCACCCUCCCUGUCCCAGCGGCUGGCUGAUCUCCGACCCACCAAUCAACUUCUCGCAUGGGCGCGCGCGAGGGAGCAUGGCGCAGCUGAAGCUCCGCGAGUGACUCCGCCAUGCCCGCCAUGGUAGCUCCCGUCCUGCUCUCCCCCUCGCAUCACUGCCACUGCACUACCACGGCUACGAGGAGAAGCGGACCGCUGCUCUCGCGCUGCCGCCCUGCAGCUCCGCGGUUCCGCAGCCGGCGGCGGCCGCGGGGCGCCGUGCUGGUGGCGAGAGCGUCGGCAGUCCCAGGGCCUCCCGAGCAAAGCUUGGCUCGGUACGAGACGCUGGGUGACGCCAAAGCUGCGCUGUACCAGGCUCUGGAAGGUAUCGACAGGGGAAUAUUUGGCGUAACCUCAGCCAAGAGGUCGGAGAUUCAUGGUCUGGUGGAGCUCCUGGAGUCCCGGAAUCCCACGCCGGAUCCCACCGACAAACUCCAGGACAAGGUGGACGGAUGCUGGAAGCUCAUCUACAGCACCAUCUCGAUACUGGGGAAGAGGAGAACCAAGCUAGGCCUGCGAGAUUUCAUCAGCCUAGGUGAUUUCUUCCAGAUAAUUGAUGCCAAAGAGGAAAAGGCGGUGAAUGUCGUAAAGUUCAGCGCAAGAGCAUUGAAGAUAUUUUCGGGCCAACUUGCUAUUGAAGCAUCUUACAAUGUCACUACAAAAACGAGAGUGGGUAUCAAGCUUGAGAGUUCAACAAUCACCCCAGAUCAGAGGCAUCUUGGAGAGUAUAAUUUAGGGAUUUGCAGCGUUUUCAUUAAAAAGCUGAUGAAUAUCUUCCAAAAGAACUAUGACAUGCUCCUUGCUAUAUUCAACCCGGAAGGUUGGCUCGAGAUAACAUACGUUGAUGAAUCUCUACGGAUUGGCAGAGAUGACAAGGCAAACAUCUUUGUGCUGGAGAAGACAGACCCAGCCGAAGUCUGAGACUAUUUAUGAAGGAAACUAUGCAAAUAUUCAUAUAUUUUUCUGACAAAGAGUGCAUCGACACUCCGAGAAGAUGUUGCCUUCACUGCUUCACGUAUCCUGGGGCACAGAUGAUUGUUUACGGCUCAGUGCAGAUCAACGACUCAAUUACUCAUUAUUUUCUCUUUGAAGAGGACAAACAACAUUCUUUUCUACGGCCACAGAUGCAUUUCCCAUUGGGGAUUUUUAUUUGCAGUUGUGCAGUGUCAUGUAAUUAUGUAACUAAGAAAGUUCAAUUACAUAGAGAAUCUGCCAAUCUUAGGGAGCAACGAACUGCAGUUGAAUUUUGAAAUACAUCAUUGUUCAAGUA